AUGUCUUCCACCACCCCCACUCGUCAGCUCCUUUGCAUCACUAUGCUGGGGUACAAGAAACCAGGACUCACUGAGGAAGAACUCUGCGAUUUCCAAGUCAGUCAGCAUUCUCAGUUGGUUUCUGGGUUGAUGGAGAAGCAUGGAGUUGUGCGUUACAGCAUUACCCAUAACGCCGCGAAGCCCAUGGACCUGCUCCCCCGUCUGUUCGACCCCAACUAUGUCGAAUAUUCGGAUCACGACUUUGUGGUUCAAAUCAUCAUCCCAAAUCUUGAGUCUUUCCUCGCGCUAAAAGAUGAUCCGAUCUACAAGGAGCGUGUUGCCAUGGAUCACCUGAAAUUCGCGGAUCGCACUGAUCGCGCACGUCGUACCCGUAUGAGCCUCGGAUACGUACACGAAAUCAUUAGCGAUGGCAAAGUGGUUUACGUGCAUGACGUGAAUGCGGUGCAUUGCCGGGUCAACAACCAACUCUUGGACUCCAAUGGCACAUUUGCAAGUGGUUAG